GGUCCACUUCCGGUGGAGACGUGGCUCUGUACUGCUGCCAUAUUGACGCAAGCUAGCUAAAAGUCAUACAUCUUUAGACGGCUGUAUCGUCGUGCGUUCUCCUUUCGGAGUCAUUACAAUAACCAGAGCAAAGAAGACAAGAAACAGAAGACCGACGUCCUAUAGACAGACAAGCGAAAAUGGUGCUGUUGGCAGCGGCGGUGUGCACCAAGGCUGGCAAGGCUAUCGUUUCACGGCAAUUUGUUGAAAUGACGCGGACACGAAUCGAAGGUCUCCUUGCUGCAUUUCCUAAACUGAUGAACACAGGGAAGCAGCAUACCUUUGUGGAAACGGACAGUGUUCGUUAUGUGUACCAGCCACUGGAGAAGCUCUACAUGGUCCUCAUCACUACCAAAAACAGCAACAUCCUUGAGGAUCUAGAGACACUCAGACUCUUCUCUCGUGUGAUACCAGAAUACUGCCGUGUGCUGGAGGAAAGCGAAAUAUCAGAGCACUGUUUUGACCUGAUCUUUGCCUUCGAUGAAAUUGUGGCUUUAGGCUACAGAGAGAAUGUCAACCUGGCUCAAAUCCGCACCUUCACAGAGAUGGACUCUCAUGAGGAGAAAGUUUUCCGUGCAGUAAGAGAGACCCAAGAAAGAGAGGCCAAGGCAGAGAUGAGGAGGAAGGCCAAGGAGCUGCAGCAGGCUAGAAGGGACGCUGAGCGUUCUGGGAAGAAGGUGCCAGCUUUCGGUGGCUUUGGCAGUGCCGGCAUGACCAGCAUCUCCUCUGGCUCUACCAUCACAGACACCAUUGUAGAACCAGAGAAACCCAAGAUCACAUCUGUUCCAGUCAGACCAAGUGGACCAAGUAAGGCGCUGAAGCUAGGCGCUAAAGGGAAAGAAGUGGACAACUUUGUUGACAAGUUGAAGUCGGAGGGUGAAACCAUUAUGCCAUCCACUGGCAAGAGAGGCUCGGAUGUUUCUAAAGCUCUCCCACCACCAGUGAAUGUAGAGAGUGUCCAUCUACGUGUCGAGGAGAAGAUCUCACUGACUUGUGGACGUGACGGUGGGCUGCAGAACAUGGAAGUGCUGGGCAUGGUAACACUCCGGGUCACAGACGACAAGAACGGGCGCAUCCGACUCGUUAUUGUCAAUAAUGACAGCAAAGGAUUACAGUUGCAAACACAUCCCAAUGUGGACAAGAAGUUGUUCACAGCCGAUUCAGUGAUUGGCCUGAAAAACCCAGAGAAGGCCUUCCCUCUCAACAAUGAUGUUGGCGUGCUAAAAUGGAGACUACAGACUACAGAUGAGUCCCUCAUACCGUUAACUAUAAACUGCUGGCCUUCAGAGAGUGGCAACGGUUGUGACGUCAACAUUGAGUAUGAGUUGCAGGAGGAGAGCCUGGAGCUCAACGACGUGGUUAUUACCAUCCCAGUACCGUCCGGCGUGGGUGCUCCCGUGAUUGGAGAUCUGGAUGGAGAAUACAAACACGAUAGCAGGCGAAACACCCUGGAGUGGUGCCUACCUGUCAUUGAUGCCAACAACAAGACUGGCAGCCUGGAGUUCAGCAUCAGCGGACAGCCCAGUGACUUCUUCCCUGUCAAUGUGUCAUUUGUGUCCAAACGCAAUUACUGCGACAUUCAGGUGGCCAAAGUGACUCACGUAGAUGGCGACAGUGCUGUAAGAUUCUCUUCAGAGACCUCCUUUGUUGUCGACAAAUAUGAAAUCUUGUAAAAAAAAAAAAAAAAGAAUAUUCAAAGAAGAAAACAAAUACGGCCCACAAAAAAUAGUUGAAAUCUAUGCUACAGAGAUCAGUUGAAGUUUCCUUGCCUGCCCAAUCUGUAUACUAUUCCAGAGACUGUAUACAUCAACAGGACUCCAAUGUGCUGGGGCAGAGCUGCAGGGGUGUAUUUAUAUUGUUGGUAUGAGAGGAAGCAUCAUUUAUAUUUCAAAAUAACGGUGAUACUGUUUGCUGACGCACAUGAAGGCUGAGGAUGGCUAAGGGAUUGCGGGGGCAGGCCACUUUGUCGCCUCAUGGUCGGUCUCAGUACUAUUCCCCACAAGGAAUGAUAUCAGCUUUCACUAGAAUUGUACUUCUACCAUCCCUGGAAUCAUGCGUCCUCCGACUGGUCUUCUCUUCCCUCUCCGUGCUGUUUGAUAAACCUUUUUGGGGUUCUUGCUUUCUUUCUAGUUGUGUCUCUUGAUAAACAAUCACUAAACGCUUAUGAUUUGUUCUACAUUAUCUCACUUGAAAUUUCUUCUUCUUGUGGGGUCAUUUUUGUAGAAAGCUAAAAUUGGACCUUUAAAAGCUGAUUUUCAGUAUAUUCUGUUUUUCUAUCUGCGGUUAGCUUCGGUAAUAAUUUUGCAAUGUGUCCUUUUCAUUGUUUUUUUUUUUGGUUACCUUCUGUCAUUUUACUUUACGUGACAGAAGCUGGAUGUUGAGCAGAAC